AUGAUUAGCAAAUUAAUGUCUUUUAUGAUAGUCAAGGUCUCAUCUACAGCAGAAGUUCACAAUAACAAAACAUCAACAAUAAAAUCAAGAAACGUUAAAAGUUAUCGUCCUAAGUUCGUUAACAUAACAACAAGCACAGAAGCGACACCGAGACGCCGCGAUCAUCGAAAGGAAUUAAUUACCACAGAUUUCACACACGAAAAACUGCCAGCACUUAAGCUUAUCCGAGCCAAAAAGCGAAGAUUUUUACGAAAAAUGCGUGCUAAAACACAACAGUUGCAGACAUUGCCACCGUUAUUGCACCAGCAACAGCCUCAGCUACAGCCCCAACAACAAGAGCAACAGUUGCAGCCGACACAGCAAUAUCAACAACAAUAUCAACAAGCAGAGCCCCAGCAACCACUACAACAGCAGCAAAUAGAAGAGCCGCAAAAACAAAUUCAACAACAAACACAGCAUCAAACAACAUUACAAUCGCAACAACAAUCAGAAGAUUCACUAGAGGAAUCACAUGCAAUUGUUGGUGAAAAUAAUUAUUUAUUAGAGCGUGGUAACAACAGUGCGCAUGAGCAGUCCGCCGCUUAUGGUACAUGGCGCACGAAAGCGAUACCAACGUCUCAAUCACCAAUUGAAUUACUACCAACAGCAGUUCCAAUUGUUGAUUUAAUUACUCCGGUAGCACUUUCAAACCAGAGCAACGAAAUCAGACAAACAUCUGCCAACAACGCUUAUCAGCAUCACUUCUAUGAACGCCUACCAAAACGCAUAUCCACCAUGUCACCUAUUAAGAAUGAAUUGCAUGAUCAAAUUCCACGGCCACCCCGCUUAACUUCACGUAAUCCUUCACUAUUGGUACGUAGACAAUAUUUAGCCACACCUACAACAACAACAACAGAAAAUUCGUUGCUUAAUGAAGCGGCACCUAAACCUUUUCAUUUUCCACACAACGGUCCACAACCACAAGAAUUUAAAAAGGCAACAGAUUCUGAACGCAGCAGAAUAAAUAACAUACAGGAUAUACUCCAGCAAUUAAAUUUAAAUGGUGUGACUACCAAAGCACCGCAGUUGGUUAUGAUGCCUACAGGUUUACACAUCGCCGGUUCUUUCAAAAAUCUUAAAUCAAGUGGGCUUAUGAACUUCUUUCGCAAUAAGCGCAAUAAAAAUAAUAUGCAGAUUGCUUUUCCCAUGUCAAUACCUAUGCACAUGGUAGGUCCACCACAUACACCUUUCCAUAAUCCAUUAUCGCAACCAUAUCAACGUAUCUCCAUGGAUCAAUUUUAUCCAUUUAAGCCACGAUCACCACAAGAUAUUAAUUUGUUGGCAAUGCAGCAACAAAUACAAACACAGCGUUCAAAGAGCAAGAAAAAGCAAAAGAAAAUGCUCGCUCCUAGCAAUUUAUUGCUGCAACAUAGCAAUCAAUUACCUUUUGCUGCAGAUCCGUAUAUGCAAUAUCCACCGCAACUAUUUGCCAUCAAUGGCGCACAGAAACCAAAGCGAGUACCUUUCAAAGUGAAUCUUGACAUAUUUCCAGUAUUGCCACCAACCAAAGACUACAACGUGAAUCCUUACAAUAUGGAUGAAGCAAAGCUAGUACCAACUACACGUCCAUAUACGGUUUUACGCAACCCAUUCGUUGAUUUGUAUCCUUACCAGUCAGCUGCACCAAAUGCUGUUGGUACACCCGUCUUUCCGCAUAUGAAACUUCCACCUGCACCAAUCGCACAGGCCAGCAAUAUGCAAAUUAGUUUUCCAGAUCAGUAUACAAAAUAUCCACCACCUCAACCGCAAUUGCAGCUGCAACCACAACUUCAACCGCAAUUUCAACCACAGCUUCAGCCACAUUUGCAACCACAGCUACCACAACAGCAUCAUAUAGUCUUUCCGGCUGCUAAUCAACAAACACCGUUUAUACCAUCCGAACUAAUACGUACACAUCAAGCCAGCGCAACACAAGCACUUAACCAGAUCAACCCCAGCAAUGGUCAGUUAAUGGUGCACCUCAAUGUUUUCCCUAAGCAGAAACCUUCCACAAAUCCUUUUUAUAAUUCCGCUGCAAAUAUUAAUCGCAACACUAAUUUGGAUGAUUGCGAAACCAUUUAUCCAAUUGAACCACGCGAUCAAGGUGUUAAGGAUGAUAAGGUCACAUUCCCUGACGAAGCAGAAAAAGCAACAGCUCGUAGUGAUAAUGAGGAUUUGCAUGAACUUGUUGACUUCGAACAUCCCAUUGUCGCCGCUGAUAUGCCAGUUUACCCUUUUGCUCGUGCAUUGGUCAGUAAUAAAUUGGAUAGUUCAGCAUCCUCACCACAUUAUGAGUUCAUUGACGGGCCCAGCAAUUACAACUUCAAUAUGAGCACAAAUUUCGAUCAGGCGGCAAAUGAGGCUAAGACUGCCUCACUUUUCCGCUUACCCGUAGAGGAUCUCAUACAAUUUCAAGUUGAUGAUGCUCUGUAG